CAUUUUGCGUCUUGUUUGUUGAUGCUGUGUUCACACUAUGGAGUGGGAAUAGCUGCAGACACACGACAGAAUAUGAGUUCUCAGCAGUUUCCCAGGGCUGCUUUGCCUCCCUCUGGAGUUGGACAAAGUCAGACAUCUGCUGGCAGCACUGGUAUAGGAACACAAUCAGUAGGUGGUGAGGACAGCAGCCGUGAGGUGGAUCACUUUCAGGAUCCUCCACCUGGCAGCGCAGGUGGAGCGGCACAAUUUUGUGAUGACAAGCAGGAGACGGUGGUGGUCAGGCCCUACCCACAGGUCCAAGCCCAUGGCCAGUCUCUAACUCUUCCCCAGCAUGUGCCUAUCCAGCUCAGCCCUCCGGUUACCGUGGCUGCCCCGUCAGUCCACCUGCCACAGGGCCAGCAGACCAGCAUUGCCGAGGGUUCAGUAAAGGCUGCCCUGAAGUCACAGAUGCCCAGUCGUCUCAUAGCUCCUGCUCCUGCAGUUAGCCAAGGGCAUAUUCCUGUUCCAGCCAAAGUGUCUGGACAUAUCACUGUUCCGCUUGAGAGCAGCAUUGCUCCAGCCCCAAUACCAGUUGCGACCAUCAGUGGUCAGCAGGGACAGAGUAACCUGCAUCAUCUAAUGGCGACUAACGUGCAGUUCAUCAGGAGCAGUGCACCUGCGCUACGUAUCGGAUCACCUGCUCCUCCUGCUCAUACUUUCACCUCACACCUACCUAGAGGUGCAGCCGCUGCAGCUGUCAUGUCCAGCACUAAAGGCCCUACUGUUCUCAGACCAGCCGGAGGAGGAAACACAGGCCCUGGCCAACCUGCAGCUGUGCAGCAUAUCAUACACCAGCCUAUUCAGUCUCGACCUUUGGUGACAACCUCUACUGCUGUUCUGCCCACCAUGGUAGCUCCCAUCCCAGCUGCCAGAACCCAGUCUCCAGUUAUUAGCACCCCUGUGACGCAUGCAGAGAUGGGUCACCAUGGACGACCAAUGACCAUUCACCCUCCACCGAACACCAUCAACAUCCAGCGUCCAUCCACCCCACGGGACACUGCCACUUGCAUCACCCUCCCCUCCCACCUAGCUCUUGGAGCCCAGAAGGCACAGCCACCUCACACCGUCACACAGAAGCCAAUCUUCAACACUGUGACUCCUGUUGCUGCUGCCACUGUUGCUCCUAUAUUAGCUACAAACACUGCUCCAUCAGCAACUACUACAGGCUCUGCCCCACAUAGCCAUAUGACCAGUGGCACUAUUGUCACCAUGACGAUGGCCUCUCACUCAUCACAUGCAACAGCUGUGACAACCUCAGCAAUUCCUGUUGCUAAAGUGGUUCCUCAGCCAAUCGCGCACACGUCCCCCCGUAUCCAGCCAGAGUACCCAGGGGAGAGGACCAACCUGAUUCCCAUCUCAAGCCAUCGCUCCUCUCCAAACCCUGUCACCAUGGAGGCCCGCAGUGAUAACAGGCCGUCAGUACCAGUGCAGUUUCAAUACUUCUUACCCACAUACCCCUCAUCCCCAUAUCCUCUGACCCACACAUACACCCCCAUCACCAGCUCUGUCUCCUCCAUACGACCCUACCCAGUCACAGCUCAGAGCUCCGCUCUUCCUGCUCAGGCCGGUGUGGGUGUGGCCACCACUGUGCACUUGAACCCUAUGCAGCUGAUGGCAGUGGAUCGCAUUGGCCUGCAGUCAGCCCAGAUCAGCACCCAGAACAUCCAGCCAGCCUCUAUGACUGCUCAGGGCAUUCAGCCUGCAUCAAUCGGAGUUCAGGGACUGCAUGCCACUGCACCAGUCAGCACGCAGAGUGUACAACAGGCUUCGGUCGCCACACAUCAGCCACAAUCAGAAACAAAACCAUCAGGUGUAGUUCUGGCUGAAAGUACCGCAUUUGUCACUAAUCCAUUGGGGAGCACUUUCAGUGGCACACAGCCCAUCACUACGGUGGUGCAGACACACCCGCAGGGGGCAGGCACCGGUGCACCCACACUUGUGUCCUCUCCCCGACCCAGCAUCCUUCGCAAGAAACCUGUGAAUGAAGGGGCUGUGCGUAAAAGUCUGAUCCCAGCACUGCCGAGUGAGCCUAACGCUGGCCGGGUGGAUAGUGGGAUAAGGCUGUCAGGAUCCCCUCGCCCAGCAGGAGUGAAGUCCAAGUCUGAUGUUCAUGUUGCCAUGGCGCCCCCUGUCAUGGCUACUGUGGAGGCUCUGCCCAGUCAUGGAGGAGAGCAGCAGAUGCUCACCACUCCUGCCCAGCAUCUUUCACAAGCCAUUCCCACCCUCCUAGCUCCACCAGCUCCAACACCCCCCUCUCAGCCCACAGCAGUUCUCUCAGCCCUGCCGGCAGCCAUGGCUGUUACUGCUCCUGCGCCUGCCUCCAUGGCCAAUGCAGUGGCCUCUCCCACCCAGCCUGCUACCAGCAGCACUGCGGCCCUGAGCUCCACCCUUCCAGAGGUUAAAGUCAAACAGGAAGCGGAGCCAAUGGACACCUCACAACCAGUGCCCUUAGCACCCUCCUCAACGGUUCCUGCUCCAGUCCUCUCCUCCCAGGCUUCCACCUUGGCCAUACCUGCCCAACCCGGAGACCUCCUGCCUGGGGCCUCCCCAAGGAAGAAACCCCGAAAACAGCAGCACGUCAUCUCCACUGAGGAGACGGAGAUGAUGGAGACCAACAGCACAGACGAGGAGAGAGCUAGCAGCCGAACCCCAGGAAUCAGACUUGACAGACACGAGUCUCCACCCAGGGAAUAUGUUGAUGAGGAGGGUGUGCGUUACGUACCAGUCCGCCCCAGACCUCCCCUCACUCUACUGCGACAAUACCGUAACCCAUGGAAGGCUGCCUAUCAUCACUUCCAGAGGUACAGUGACAUCAGAGUGAAAGAGGAGAAGAAAGGAAGCCUUCAGGACAUGGCCAAUCAGCGAGGAGUAGCAUGUCGUGCUCAAGGCUGGAAAGUGCACCUGUGUGCUGCACAGCUGUUGCAGCUGUCUAACAUGGAGCAUGAUGUGUACAGCCGGCUGACCAUCCUGCAGGAGGGGCUCAUCCCAAAGAAAAGAGCUGGAGCUGAUGAUGACCUGCACCGCAUCAAUGAGCUCAUACAGGGUAACAUGCAGCGUUGCAAACUUGUGAUGGAUCAGGUGACUGAAGCUCGAGACACCAUGAUGAAAGUGCUGGACCAUAAGGACAGAGUCCUCAAGCUGCUCAACAAGAACGGAACUCCCAAGAAGAGCUCUAAAUUAAAGCGCAAGGAGCGGGCAUAGAAGAUCCCGCACACUCCAUGGUCUUAGUCUUUCUACUUCAGCAGAGUCAGAUACAGGAAUGAUCUUCAAAAGCUGGACCUGUCAUGGUUUAUCAGGUUGCUGUGCACAAUCAUUUACUUUCUUUUACAGUCACAAAGACAGAGCUGGUUCUACACCAUCAAAGCAUUUUUACAGGAAUUGCUGCUUACUUUGGACUUAAGACUGACCAUUGGGUCUGAGGCAGCCCAGUUUAAACAUAAAUGUUUUUUUGUUUUCCCCUUGAAGAAAAAUUCUGUAAGUAUUACAUUUUUUAAAUAAACGUUAUGUUGCCUUAUUUUAGUUAUAGAGGCAAAGCAUUUGCAGUAGUCAACUUUUUUGCCCUUGUAAUUCUUUUUAAGUUUGAUUCACAGCUGUACACACUGCACACAUACACACUUUCCGUGUUUUCGUGCCUUGUAAAAUGGGUGAAACUGUGGGGUUUUUUUUGUGUGUGCUGUUAAAUUAAACACUCCCAGAUUAAUCAGAAAAAUUAAGUCCACUAUGAAAUUCUUGGUAUUAGUCUUGUACUAACCAGACAGGAUUUCCCUUCUAGCCCUUAAUACAUUUUCUUAUAAUUUUUGUUUUGUUUUGUUUCCAUCACUGUAAACUUAACAUUCAAGCGCUAAAGAAUAACUGAUGAUAGCACAAAGUGGUAAAAUAUGUACUUGAAAGAAUCAGUAUAAUUAUGAUUAUAACAAUGUUUGGAUCAUUUUAUGUUUCAUUGUAAGAAGAUUAUUGUUAAUGGAAGUGAUGUGGUUUUCACUUUAAGUCUUUUGUGCUGUUUUAGAGACUAUAAGUGAAUGUUCUAAGUUUAAAUAAUAAUUUGACUCUUGUACAUUUUGUUUCUUCAUUCUUUUAUUUUUUUGUGUGUAAUCUAUUAUGUGCUAUUGUAGUAAAACAAGACAUUUACAAAGCAUUUUGUUGAGCGAAUGGAUUUGGUACUGAAUGCACCUCACACAAUUCCACAAGGGAGUCUCUCUCUUCAGCCAAAACUUCUCUUUAGCUCAAU